AUGUCACGCCAGCCGAGGGAGCGCGUCUUCACCUUGUCUCCCGUCGAAGCUUGGCUCGCCGAACAUGAUGAGAAAGACGACGACGACGAGAGGCGCGAGCUCCUCACGGGCCUCCUGGUCAAAACGGUGUCGGCGCCGCUCAUCCGCGAACGUCAUGUAAAGCUGGCGCGACGACUCCUCGCGCGGGGCGCCGACCCGAAUCCGCUAAAGGCUAGCGGAUACGGGUCGCCCCUGCACGCGGCGGCGCGGGCGCGCGGCGCCUUCUCGCUGGACCUCGUCGAGGCGCUCCUGGCGAGUGGUGCCGCUCCGAACGCGCGGACCGCGGCGGGCGCAGGGAGCAAGACGCCGCUCAUGGUCGCCAUCGAGGCGCUGAGCCUGCGGCCCUCGCGGUUCCCGGCGCUCGCCGUGAUCCGGGCCCUGCUUCGGGGCGGUGCCCGCGUCGACCGCAUCUGCGGCUCGGAGGACGUUGAGAUGCGGAUGUGGCGCAUCGAGCGGCUCCGGCCCGAGGUCUGUGAAGAGCAGAAUUGGAUCGCCUGCCGCGACACGUUCGACUGCAUCCGGGCCGCGGGGUCGUGGAAGGCAUUCGUGCGACGACCCCACGUCGACCUGUUCGUGCUGCGGGCGCUCGUCGUCCGCGGUCGGGCAAAGACGCGCGACGCUGGUCUUCGCCGGCUCGUGACGCUGCCCAAUCCGGUGUUGUGGCGCGUGCUCAACUACUGGCGCGCCACGUCGUGAGCGCUCGCGCCGCCUCGCCGGCGCUGUCGCGUUCGCGGUCGUCGCGGUCGCAGUCACCGCGUCGACGGCCCCGACGCACGUAUCCACCCCCGAGCGAUGAUCGUACGCCGAUGA